UUGGUGCCAGUGUCGUCUGCUAGAUCAUUGACAAACAUGGCGAGGUUUCAUAUCGAGUCACCUGAGGAGCGCAGGCAAAAGGCUCUCAUCGGUGAACUGCCCGAUGAUUUCCUUCGAUUAAUACCGACUGCUACUUCGGUGACUAGCGAUGGCAACGGUACCAGAAUUGCUUCAGAACAAUAUCUCUUUCCGGGAAACACUGAAGCUCGACAGAUCGCGUUAAAUGAACAAACAGGUGUAGCGAUGCAGCGCCAAAUCGACCAACUUCUUACUGCAGCUGCUCCCGUUGGCCGACUCACACUUACUGUCGUCGAGGCGCGCUUGGUGAAAAACUACGGCAUGACCCGCAUGGACCCUUAUGUUCGUUUAAGGAUUGGGCACAAUAUUUACGAGACUCACACCCAUUAUAACGGCGCCAAGAACCCGCGAUGGGAUAAGGAGUUCCACUGUUUCAUUCCCCCACUGGGCUUCACAUCAUUUCUAAUAGAAAUAUUUGAUGAGUGUGCGUUUACGGCCAGCGAAAAGAUUGCAUGGGCUCACGUACCCAUUCCUGAAUCUGUGUGGACAUGUGGGGAAACCCAAGAGGAGUGGGUUCCUUUAAAUGGCAAACAAGGAGACGCAAAGGAGGGAGCUAUUAAUAUCCUAAUGAGUUAUACGCUCAUACCAAGAGGGCUUAUUCUUGCUCCUCAGGUGAUGUACCUCAACAGAAACCCACUACCAACGACAGCUUUCGGGUUUGGUUCAACUGUUCGUCCUGUAGACGCGACACUUACAGCAGGAGUGGACCCGGCACUUAUUGGGCCACCAAAUACGACGCCAGGACGACCAGUGUCUGUUGGCCAGGUAGGAGGCCAGCAAGUGGUCCAAAGUACACAGGCUCCUCCAUCAGUUCCCGUUAAAAUCAUAGACGCAAACGUUAGACAGUUGCAGGAGAUGUUCCCAUUCCUAGAGAGGUUUGUGAUUGAGAGCGUGUUGGAACUGCACCACAAUAAUAAGGAACGCGCUAUCGAGGACUUGCUUCGUAUGGUUGGAUAGAAUUGUCGGUUACCUGCGAUCAAUUAACUGAUGUUCCUGGAUAUGAUUAUCGGACGAAGUAAUAUUUUUAUUAAUUUUUCUUUCCAACGUACCGCUUGUGACGUGAGGGAUAUAGACCAUAAGCGAGCAGUAGCUGAACCUCUAUAUAUGUUGUUUAAACUAUUGUUUUAGAAGAUAAAUAUGGAGGUACUGGGUGUAUUUUCGAUUUGCAUAUUGUGGUCGAAUGAUGUCACUAAUCAUGAUUCUGAUUUAGUAAAGAUAUUUCACCUUCUUUACUAUGGCAUUACAUAAGUGCUAUAUUAACAAUGUUAUGUUAUUAAGGCGGCUUCAUGGUCACUCGAAUAAUUUUACUAAUAGCGAUGAUCGGAUGAAGUGCUAUGCCUCCUUAGAUGUUUGUACGAUCCGUAGUCUGUGGCAUGUGUAUUUAUGCCAAUUAUUCUUAUUAUAUACACAGUUUGCCGUAUAUAACAGACGGAAUAACAGAAACAGCAACAACAAUUGCUAGUCAGAAAAUAAAGACCUACACUGUCUAUUAUAUUUUGCUCG